ACAGAUGUAAUUAAAGUGAUCUUUGAGAUAAUAUAUAUAUUUUGAGGAGGUGUUUUUUUUGUGUCAGCAGGAGGACUGCUCUGCUUCAGUGGGCUGAACUGGGUUUUUCUUUGACUUUAUACAAAGGAGUGUCUGUCCGCUCUGCUGCUGCAGGUGGAUAUAACUGCGCUCAGGUAAUGUAACACGAAACUCAACCAUGUGACCAAUGGCGAUUUGAAGAGUAGACGAAAAGAAGAAGAAACCAACUGCUUUACAUAAAACACCAACGAGUGAGGCGGAAGCGAGGAAUCCACCUGCUCGAUGUUUCCCGUGUUGCUUCGAUCACCUGAAAACAACCUACACUAUGCUGUUCAAUAUGCAUGGGUAAUAACUCCACGCAGUGAAUGUUGGACCCAAUGAAAUGUACCCGAGCUGAUGCCCCAAAGCCAGAGUCUGCCCUCACUUUGCCCUGCUGGUCACGGGUAGAGAUGGCAGCGUGUCUGGAUGUGCUGGUCAUGCCUGGAGUUUUGGUCAGGAGUGUUUUACUGCUGGUACUGAGCAGUAAUCCUGUGUGGGGGAAUUAUACUACGCUAGCAAGUGACACCCGUUCUAAUAACACUGCUGCACCCAACAUCGCAGCUAUCGUGGCCCCCACGGUGACGCUGGGUGUCCUGGCCAUCGUGUUGGCUGUGCUCGGCUGGCUCCUCUGCGUGGUGAAAAAGAGGAGACAGACUGAAGGGACGUAUAGACCCAGUGCGGAGGAACAGUCUGGUGCAUGCGGCAUGGCGGCACCAGAUGCUCUAAAGUUACCAAAGGAGGAAAGACUCAUUUGAGACGUUGUGCUUUAUAUUUCUAGAGAAUUUUAUACAGAUAAAAGCUGCAAGCGUUUGCAUAGCAUCGCUCCCAUGUGAAGAGGCUAACUGCCUUGAGCUGGUCAUUGAUAGACACAUCUCCAAAAGGUUUAAAAGAGAACAGAUUUGAGCUUUUAUUUCAACAUGCACUGAAUAGUUCCUGCAUGGCACUAUGAGAACAAUGCAUCUGGAUGUCUGGAUUGAGCCCAUUUUAAGAACAAUUGAACAUUUCAAGGACGUUUUGAACAUUUCCUCUGCACCAAUGAUGCUUCAGUAUUUUAUCACCACUAAUAAUAUUAGUUUAGAUAUGUUUAUCUUGUUUCAGAUGCCACUUAACAUGUACAAAUACUUGAUUUGAUUCAGUCUAUUAUAAAAUACUGUCACUGGCGAAAUCAAUACCAAUCUUUUACCUCAAACUUAAUUGUUGUUUUUGCUACCGAGUCCAUUGUAUCUUAAAUCAACAUAUGUUUCUUAGCCUAAUGAUGAGUGCAAUUAAACAUAUUACAGUACACAAACUAUUGAUUUUUAUAAAGACAGAUGUAUGUUAAAAAGAAGGUUAUACUGAGCAAUUGUUUACACUUCAAGUACUCUAACUACUUUAAAGUUACAUUGUUUCAGCAUCUUUCAGCAGCACUGCAUAACAUGACAUGUGAUCAAGCAGAUGUUUUUCAAUGUUACAUGUUUAUUUAUGCUUGUGUAAAAUAAAUGUUUGAAAUAAUA